AUGACAGAUACCUCCUCGACUGCACACGCACAUUCAACGGCGAAUCCGUUUCCGUUUCCGGCCACCACCUCCCCCUUGCCCUCCCCGGUCGCCAACGGAACUGGUUCGACCCACGAAGCCGAAGAAGAUGAGCCCUACACCAUCAAGUGUAUCUGCUCCUUCGAGGACGACGACGGUAGCACCGUCCUGUGCGAACGCUGCGACACAUGGCAGCACAUCGCCUGCUACUACAUCGAUAAGAAGAACGUGCCAGAGAUACACAACUGCGUCGACUGCGAGCCCAGGCACCUCGACGGAAAGCGGGCCACAGAACGUCAGCGGAAGCUGCGAGAGCAGAACGACUCCAACAGCAAUGCCGCGGAUGAGCGGCGAGGGAGUCGACGCUCCGGCUCCAAGAGUCAGAGAAAGAAGCCCAAGGAUCUCGGCUCGCCCUCUGGUACCGGUGAACAGCGGAACGGAUGGUCGUCGCACGAGAGAAGUGCCUCUGCGGCCUCGAGGGAGAACGGUAACCACCAGCAGCAGCCAGUAAAGAAGCAAAGGGCGGCCCAUCGUGCCUCUAACUCGAUAAGUUCUGUCGGCGGCGACUCUCGUAAGCGUGGAAAUAAUGCCAACAAGUCUCCUGCCUCUUCUUUCCCCCAGAUCCCCCUCUAUUCGCAAGAGUUUCUUCAUCUCUACGACAACGACAAUGCCAGCCUAGACAUGCAGGGCAACCUUUUCCGUACCAUCGGUCUGACCAACGACCUGGCUUCGUGGGUAAAGGAUCCAGUUGCCCUCGCCCAGGUCGCAAACGGUCGUACUGCCAAAGAAGUCUUUAAUCACACAGACCAGCCGCUCGAUCCUUCAACCUGGCCACCUCUCACAAAACAGACCAUUGUCGACAACAAUGUCGAAAUCGACGGCAGACACCCGACCUGGCAGUGCCUCAAGGUACAGAGCAACGUGCGAAAAGACGAAAUCGUGGGCGAGGUCAGGGGUAAGGUCGGCCAUUUCAGAGACUACUGUCAUGAUCCGGACAGUCGGUGGCAGGAACUUCGCCACCCUGAACCCUUCGUCUUUUUCCAUCCACAACUGCCCAUCUACAUCGACAGUCGAGAAGAAGGCACUGUACUCCGGUACAUCCGUCGGUCUUGUCGACCCAACGUCACCAUGCGAACUUACAUCACGAACCAGGUAGAGUACCACUUUUGCUUUGUCGCAAACCAGGAUAUCCCCAUGGACACCGAAAUAUCGACCACCUGGUACCUCGACCCAAAGAUGUUCCCUUCCAACGGCCUAGUCAAGGAAGAAGGCCUGCCAGAUGGUUCCCUAGACCCGGCUGCAAUCUCGAUAAGCAACGUGCUCGCUCACUUUGGUGGCUGUGCUUGUGAUGACUCAGUCAGGCCAUGUCUGCUAGCAAAUAUCGACUGUCGCAUAAAACCAAAGUCGUUAGAGUCCAACACAAAACAGACUAACGGACGAAGAAAGAAGGCAAAAGCCAAAGGUAGUGCUGUUUCACCUGACAGUUCGGGAGGCGUCCCCGCCCAUAGUCGGUCAGGCAGCGAAGUUGUUCGCAACCAAGAUGAGGAUGACCACGCUGAUACAAGGUCGACUUCCGGCUCACUCAAGGAUCAACCCGCAAACAGAGACCUGACUCCUGGUGCUCUUGGCCGCGAUGUUGGGGAGCUAUCUGCUCGCGAGAAGCGGAAAAUAGCAGCCGCAGAGAAGAAGUUUGAACAGCUCGAACAUGACCAGCAUCAUCCCAAGAAGAAGAAACGGGUUCAUCCACCGCGUGGCCAGAGCCCCAAUCUAUCGAAAGCAGCGAAGCCGCCGCACCUUGAUAUUCCACAGUCACGCCGAUCCUCUCAUUCACCAGCUAAAAUGUCUCCUGAAUCCGCAUCCCAUCGUCGAGACGGUCAUUUCACUCCUCCAAAGACAUCUGCUGCAAGCACGCCUCGCGUGGUGUCUCCAUUAAGUCGCCCAGUCUACGUCGAUUGUUCUGUUCAGACUGAUCCUGAUGAGAAUGACCCUCAAUAUGUCCCCCUAAAGACGUUUAAUGCUCCACGUUUUAUGACUCUUACGCAGCGAUUGCUGAGGCGAUGCCACGAAGACCGGAUCAAGAUGGAGGACCGACGGCUAGACAGCAUAUCAGCCUUGACCUCCCCAGACUCAGGUGCGGGCGCCAUGCUCCCUCCUUCAACUCCUGUGAACUCAAGGCUGGCACCGCCACCGAAGCAGGCGCCAGACGUCGAGAUGAAAGAUGCCGACUCGUCGAUGACACCGCCCAACGCAGCUGCUAGUUCAGCAAGCCCUACGACCGCUUCCCCUGUCUCACUGUCGUCACCCCCCUCUUGCCCUCUCUUCCACCUCCCUUCGACUGUCGCACACAAUCUGCCAACUCCUCGUAAGAUUUCAGACAAAGUAAACAUGCGAAUACCCCUUCCCCCACCGCAAUUCCCGCCUGCAACGAGCAGCAUAAGCUCACCAGACUCUGCCUCCAAACCCGUCCCUCCCAUCUCUAUCACAAAACCUCUUCCACCGUCCAAAUUGCAGACUGGGCCUGCUCAGACUCCACCUUCUACCUCAACGUCCACAACCGCUUCUAGCCUCACAGCUCCAAGCCCCGUAAAGAAGAAACUGAGUCUGAACGAUUACAUGAGCCGUCGCGGAACCUUGACCACUCCAACGACGGAAAAGCCACCUAAUCCGUUCCUGCCCAGCAUAACCAGUCCUGCCCCGUCGCCCGGUAGCGCAGACCCUAGCCCAACGACACAGUUUCCUUUCACCAAGUUUGCUGAGAGUCAGAGCCAGAUACAUGGACAUGGUCAAUCCGCUUCGCCGGAUAUCCUGAUGAAAGACGCUCCGCACUCUCCCUCGACCAUCUUUCCACCACCACAUGCUGACCCUACGACCAAUGGCAGCACAAGCAAUGGCAACAAACCAAAUGCUGUCCACAGUCUAAACUCACGGGACCCACGACUUCUUGAUCGCGGAUAA